AUUUGUUGGGUCAAGUUGUUUAUAGUUUAUUGUCAUAUUUAUCGAGUUUAUUGUCAUAUGCACAGGUGCAAUGUACAACUUACUUGCAGCAGCAUUACAGGCACAUCGCAUUACAUAAGCAGCAUUUCACAAGAUAAACAUAAAUUAUACACAAUUGUUACAACAAAGAUCACAGUUGUUUUUGUAUUCUGUAAUGUUAGAUCAAGUUGUAGUUUGGGGCUGGGGAUAAAUUGUUGUGAUAUUGAGGUGAUGUGCCAAGUUGUUGUAUUCACUGAUAUUGGGGGUCAAGGUGUUGCAUUCACUGGUGGUGGAGGCAACCGCCUGUGGCAUUCAGGUGGCGUUGUAAGCGGCAGCUCUGACGCCGGGCUAAGUUAUCGGAUUCCCCAGGGAAGGGUGCGGGCGGGCGGCGCGCAUGCGCACUUUCCGCCUUCCUGCUUUCCGUUUGGGGUGCGGGGUGCGCGCGCCGCCGCUCGCGCGUCGCCUCCUCCCUCAAAGCGCCGACUCUUUACCUCAGCUCAGCCCGCCCGCCGGACCUGGACCUGGACCUGGACCGCGGCCGCUCGCCUCCCAGCCUCGGCCGACAUCCGACACCCUCCUUGUGUCCUCGGGGAUUAUCGCCUGUAACCCGACACCCGGAGGCUGCCUCGCUCGCUUUAUCCUCAGCUCGUCCGCGAAACAGCUGUCGGUGAAUUUUCACACGUCGGGAGUCAACGGUCGGGAUGGACAUCGUGUCGACGUUGGGGCUGAGCAAUUUCGUCGUGCAGUUCUCGCGGAUUUCCAUGUACCCGUUCUUCGACAUGGCCCAUUACACGCUCUCCAUCAUGAACCUGAAGGAGCAGCCAGGUAUUUGAUAUUCUACUGUCCAUAUGACAAGUUCUACAAAUGCUGCAACUUUUUACCAUCAAAAUUAUUUAUAGCUGGUAUGAAAGAGGUAACAAGAGCCCGCAAAAUUGUUGGAGGAGUAGUGGAUGCACACAGCCGCUACAGAAAUGGGUGGCUUGCGGUAAUUGCUGUUGGAUGGGCUAAAGGUGCUGGUUCUGGCUUAAUAUCUAAUUUUGAACAACUGGUGCGUGGUGUCUGGAUGCCUGAGAGAAAUGAGUUGCUGAAAAUGUCCUAUGCAACAAAGGUAACUCUGAUAGGCGCUGUGCUCUUUACUUUGCAACAGAUGAAUUAUCUGCCUAUUACCAGACACAACCUGAUCUUUUUGUACACUAUGUUUGUAGUUUCAACAAAGGUUGCAAUGGUGCUCUUUAAUAUUCAUCAUUCACCGUUUGCACCAAUGGAAGUCGCCUUGUACCAUAUGGCUUUUAGUUGGCAAUCCAGUUCCUCUGAAGACCAUUUUAAGACAGAAGCUUCUAACAAAGAAGAAUUACAGGGGAAAAAAUGCCCUGCUCCCUCUGGUAUCCCUUCUGAGGAAACUGAAAAUAUCAAAAGGAAGAAAGCAAAGAAGUCUGAAUAAGAAACUCUUCAACUUGAAAAUUCAGGAAGUUUAUUUUGUUGGACUUUUGUUCUGUUGAAAGCCUUUUCUGUGAAGUUUGAGAUUAAGAAACCCUUCAGUAGCAGAAGUAUUCAUAGGUGGAGUAAUAACAGUCAUCUGCAAAAUAAAAUGUACUUGGGCAUAAAUGAUAGGUACUAUAGAGUUCAGGUAGAAAGUUAUUUAAGGAAAAUAAUCUAAAGAAGUUAUUGAUAUAAAGUUGACUCUUGUUGGUGUUUUUAUUAUGAUGUUGCAAUGGGUUAUUAUAUUUGAUGCCUGUGAACAAUUUUGAAGUAUCCUUUAUUUAGUGCAAAGAAAAUAUUGCUGCAAUUUAGUAUUUAUACCAAGAUUAAAAUAUUGUUUAAAAAAUUUUAAUGAAUUCAUGAGAAGUUUUCUGUAAGGAAUUAUUUCUGUUUUUAAAUUCUACAAGUGCUAGCAAAUAUCAAAAUUGUACAUUCCACAAAAUGCAAUAUUUCUAAGUAAAUUGCUAAAUGAUUGAAAAACAAAGCUUUUGAACUGGGAAGUAAAAGUUGCUACCUACUCUCAACACAGUGACCUGUAUCUGAGAGUCAGCUCUAUUGUUGUUGCAUUUUGGCAGACCCAACCACAUUUCUGUGAACGUAGGAUCUGAACUUCUGUAUUGUUUGAGACUAUUUUCCAAUAUAUUAUCUAAUGAUUUUUGGCAGGGAAACUGUUGCUGAUGAAUGUAGAGGGAAGUUGAUAAGUCAAGUAAGUAGAUCACAAAUUGAAAUAAUAUUUGUCCAUGUAUAUUUGGGUUUAAAUAAUAUAUUUCACACUAUUCCUCCUGUUUGUUUGUUUUUCAUUGUAUUCAAAAGGAACUGUCAACAUUUGUACUCCAGUUUUUGGUUUAUGAUCCCCUCAAUAAUUUAAUUGACAGAAAAUAAAAUCAGAUGUAUUACACAGCCAGAAUGUUGACAUUUUCACUUUUGAUUUUUCAAUAAUAGAGGAUAAGCUUUCAUUUUUGUCAUUCAGUUAACUCUCAACUUGGGAUUUGUUUACACGACUGAAAUUUAUGUUCCCUGCACUAUGAAAUGGUUUAUUUUGUUCAUAUGCAAAGUGAUUUUGUCCCUUUCAUUGACUAUUGUUAAUUAACCAUUUUUAUACCAAUGAUAACUAAGCACAUUUUUGUUGUGCAGUUCUUGUUUGCUGUUUUUGUAAAUUAGUACAUUUUUAAAACAUUUUGUAAGCCAGUAGCUAUGUUUUUACAAAAAAGCAAUGACAGCAAUGUGAGGUAGAAAAACUGUUUUAUGGUGUAUUUUCAUACAAUACAGUAUGAAACUCGUCCAGAAACCUAUGACACGAGUAUCUCAAUAUUUUGAAGUUUAAAAAAAACUGCAGAUGCUGGAAAUCUGAAAUAAAAACAGAAAAUUCUGGAAAUACUCAGCAGAGUAGGCAGCAAGCAUGGAGAGAGGAGCAGAGUUAGCAUUUCAAGCUGAUUAGCCUUGAAUCAAAACUGUUGAAAGAUCAUUGAUCUGAAAUAUUAAUUUGGGUUUUGUUUUUCUCCACAGAAUGUUGCCUGACAUGUUGAGCAUUUCCAGCAUUCUGUUUUUAUGUCUGAAUUUAUUCUCUAGACUUGAUUAUAUGUUCCAAUGUGAAGUAUACCAAGUUGUUGUUCAAGAUUGGGCUUAAAUGCACAAUAAAAAUGUCUUCAGGAACCUUCCUUGCCUUAAUUAAACAAGAUAAUGAGUGAGUGAAUUUGAAUUUGAGCAAGUGUUGACACUCAUUGGCAUAGGAACAUGCUAUCAGCAUUAUACAGAAUUGAUCACUUUUAUAAUUUCUGGGUAAAUGGUGAUUUGAAAUGUAACAACUUGCAUCAAUGUGCAGAUUGGCUGAUGAAUAUACAAAUAAAAUUCAAUGUUCUUCCUCUAGCUAUGUAUUUAAUGGUGUUUUUUAAAUUCAUUCUUCUUUUCCUUUGUUCUUUCUCUUUGCUCUCUUUUUAACUCUUGAUAUUUUUGUCUUUCCCACCUUUCACUAGACCGCUUAUCAGUCUGUCUUGCAUUUAACAGAAGAAUUAUUUUAAAAAAAACAAGUUGCUGCAUUCAUUAUGUUAAAGGACCUUCUAGUAUUCUGGCCUUAGUUACACUGCUGCAUGAUGAAACUGCGCUCUAGUGUACUGACGUUUCUGAAUUUGAAGGAAAUGUAACGCAGAACAGAACUUUGUAACAUUACUAGUCUGUAAAAAGCAGGGUUACUUGCUUGACAGGAUCUGUUUAUUCUAGCAGGUGAGCUUAA